AUGAUAAAGAUUCACUCGUGUCAAGAAUGUGGCAAAUCCUUCAGCAAGAAGGGAAACCUGAAGAGACACCAGAGGAUCCACACGGCGGAGGAGCUCUUUGCUUGUGGGCAGGGUGGGAGGUGCUUCACCACCCGGGGCCACCUCACGACCCACCAGAGCAUCCACACGGGAGAGAAGCCCUUCUGCUGUGGGGAGUGUGGGCUCUGCUUCCACCCAGAGAUGUGCCUGGCUGCCCACCAGAAGACACAUGCCAAGGGUGGUCCCUACCACUGCGCCCGCUGCGGCAAGAGCCUGAGCACAAGGAUCUACUUCAACAUCCACAUGAGGACCCACACACAGAAGAGGCCGUUCGCCUGCACCGAGUGUGGGAAGAGCUUUGUGAAGAAGGGGACCCUCAGAGCCCACAGGGAGAUCCACAAGAGGGAGAAGCCCUUCAGGUGCCCUGACUGCAGUAGGUGCUUUGGGCAAAGUGCCACUCUGCUGGCCCACCAGAAGAUACACCUCUGUGGAGAGCCUUUCGUUUGUACUGAGUGUGGGAAGAGCUUGAGCUCAAUGUCCACCAGAGGAACCAUGCUAAGCACAAGUUGCUCGAGGGACACAUCAAUGGUGUGUCUCUCCAGGUCAUCCAGAUUAAAGAGGAGCCUGAUUUUGACUUCAGGUCAGAGAAUACUAUGUUGGAGAAUACGUCCUGUGAAGGAGAUGUAG